AUGUAUUUGGAAAAGAGUGAAAUUAGAUGGAUAAAGAAGAUACAACUCCAAAGAAUGCUUGGAUAUUGCUUGGGCACAAGGUUUUUAAUUGUUAAUAUAAUUGGUGUAGGAAUUUUUGUGGCCCCAAAAGGGGUAUUGAAGACUUGCAUGAAUGUGGGGCUCUCCCUGUGUAUUUGGCCCUGUUGUCCAUGAUGACCACUCUGCUCAGCAGAGAUAGGUAUCACCUUCCCAUGCAGUGGAGCUCACUACUAUUUUCUCAAAAGAUGUUUUGGCAACUUGAUCUCUUUCCUGAAUCUCUGGACAGCUUUGUUUCUGGGGCCAGGGUUAGCUGCCAGUCAAGCCCUACUCCUCGCUGAGUAUAGCAUUGAGCCUUUUUUUUAUCCCAGCUGCUUUGUUCCAAAGCUGCCAAAGAAAUAUCUGGCGUUAGCCAUAUUGUGGACUGUGGGAAUUCUGAAUUCUUGUGGUGUGAAAGAGGUGACUUGUCUUCAGACAGCCAGCCUAGUGCUGAAAAUGGCCAUACUCGGCCUUAUUUCCCUGAGUGGGGUGGUGCUGCUGGUGAGAGGAAGGAAGGAGAAUGUAGAAAACUUUCAGGACUCUUUUGAUACUGAGUUUCCUGAAGCCUCCCAGUUUAUAGAAGCUGUUUUCCAAGGAUAUUUUGCAUUUUCAGGCGGGGGAUGUUUUACAUUUAUAGCAGGGGAGCUGAAGAAACCCAGAAAGAUGAUUCCAAGAUGCAUAUUUACUGCAUUACCUCUGGUGACUAUCAUAUAUCUAUAGGUUAGUAUUUCCUACCUGACUGUUCUGAUACCCAAGGAAAUUCUCUCUUCAGAUGCUGUGGCUAUAAUGUGGAUUGAUGGAGUUAUCCCCUCAUUCACGUGAGUUAUUCCUUGUAGUACGUCUGCCUCAAUAUUUAGCAACCUUCUGGUUAAUGUAUUUGAAUACUCAAGAGUGACAUAUAUGGCUGGCCAAGAGGGCCAACUGCCUUUGUUAUUUAAUAUGCUUAAUCUUCACUCCUCUCCAUUUGUAUCUGUGCUAGUACUUGUCACUAUGGCAUCCAUGGCUAUUGUCUCUACAACCCUAAUUGAUCUGAUAAACUAUCUUUAUUUUGUAGUUUCUACUUGGUCUGUAUUGUCAAUGAUAGGAAUACUAAAACUGCGAUACCAGGAGCCCAAUCUACCUAGACCUUAUAAGAUGUCUUUUCCAUUACCAUUGGUAACAACAGCUAUCUACCUAUGUUUGGUUUUGAUCCCUUUGGUGAAGUCUCCACAUAUACAUUAUAUCUACAUGUGUCUCUUUGUUCUCAAUGGACUUCUGUAUUACAGACAUUUAAUAUAUUUCAAAUUGAGGUUGAUUUGGUUUGAAAAGAUGACAUGCUAUUUACAAUUGCUGUUUAAUAUUUACAUCCCUGAUGUGUCUGAAAAGCAGAUGCCAGAAGUAGAAACUUUAAGAAAAUAG